AAUUUUUUCUAUUUUUUUUAUCUCUAUUUAUUGAAUAUUAACAUAUAAGGAAAAAUGGCUGCUACAAUCGUAAGCCUUGAUGUAAAAGAUAUUCGAUUUCCAACUUCUUUACAAGGAGAUGGUUCGGAUGCUAUGCACGUAGAUCCUGACUAUUCUUGUGCUUAUGUUAUAUUAUUAACAUCAGAUGGAAAUAAAGGUUAUGGACUUACUUUUACUUGUGGAAGAGGAACGGAUGUUGUUGUAGCAGCAAUAAAAGCUUUAUCUCCAAUAGUCAUUGGAAGAAAUAUACUGAGUAUCUUUGAUAAUUUUGCUGGAUUUUGGCGAGAAUUAACUAGUGACUCUCAAUUGAGAUGGAUUGGUCCUGAAAAAGGAGUAAUUCAUUUAGCAACAGCUGCAAUUCUCAAUGCAUUGUGGGAUUUAUGGGCAAGAAAGGAAGGAAAACCUUUGUGGAAAUUACUAGCUGAUAUGGAGCCAGAAAAACUCGUCUCUACCAUAGAUUUUCGUUACAUUACUGACGUGAUUACAAAAGAGGAAGCUGUAAAAUAUUUAAAAAGCAAAGAAAAUGGAAAAAAGGAAAGAGAAAAUGAAAUUUUAAAAAAUGGGUUUCCAGCAUAUUGUACUAGCGCAGGAUGGCUUGGUUACAAUGAUGAAAAAGUUAGAAAAUUAUGCAGGCAAAAACUGGAGGAGGGUUUUACAGCGUUUAAAGCAAAAGUAGGGUUGGAUGUAAACAAUGACAGACGACGAUUGUCAAUAUUUAGAGAGGAAAUUGGAAACAAUAAUUUAUUAAUGGUUGAUGCUAACCAGAAAUGGGAUGUUGAAGAAGCAAUUGAUUGGAUGAAGCAGCUCACUGAUUUUAAUUUACUGUGGAUUGAAGAGCCAACUAGUCCGGACGACGUGUUGGGACACGCAGCAAUAGCACAGGCUCUCAAACCUUAUGGUAUCGGAGUGGCAACGGGUGAGCAGUGCCAAAAUCGUGUUAUUUUCAAGCAAAUGCUUCAGGCCAAUGCUUUGCAAUUUUGCCAAAUUGAUUCGUGUAGACUUGGAGGUGUGAAUGAAAUUCUUUCAGUAUAUUUGAUGGCAGCUAAGUAUAAAGUUCCAGUUUGCCCUCAUGCUGGUGGUGUAGGAUUAUGUGAAUUGGUGCAACACUUAGCCAUGUGGGAUUUCAUCUCUUGUGGUACAUCACUUGAUAGAAGAAUGGUAGAAUACGUUGAACAUCUACAUGAGCAUUUCGAAACUCCUGUUGUCGUAAGAAAUGGAUGCUAUAUGUUACCAGAGACACCAGGCUACUCUUCAAAAAUGAAAGAACAAUCCAUAGAAAACUUCGAGUAUCCCAAUGGGAAGGUCUGGAAAGAACUUUUUGAAGAAGGUGUGUUUGAAAAGAAGUAGCAAAAAGAGAUGCCCGAAAGAACAUUUUAGAAAGAAUGGUAUCAAGCUUGUCAAAUUUUUCAUUUCUAGAUAAAACCUUGAAAUUCUUUUUAUCAAAUAAAUGAUAAUGGAUUUCUCCGUGGUCUGAGAUCUCAAGAGAGUUCAAUAUUUGAACUUAAAAUUGUGAAAUUAAUAUAUUUUUUUUUUGAUAAUAAAUCUUCAAAAAAGAAA